AAGGGGGUCUCCUCAAUGCAGCUGCCCUUGAAAAUGGAGUCGAGCACCGAGGAGGAGAGCUGGCUGGAGGACCAGUGGGAGAAAUGGCUCACCCAUGACAUCAGCCUCGAGGAAUUUGAGGAUGAAGACCUCUCUGAGAUCACUGAUGAGUGUGGAAUCAGCCUGCACUGCAAGGAGAGCCUGGCCACCCGGGGCCAUGUGAGCCGGGCGGGCGGCGCGCCCCGGGCGGCGGGCGGCGAGGCCAGCCGGCUGCAGGCCCCCCCCCCCCCCCCCCCCCCCCCCCCCCCCCCCCCCCCCCCCCCCCCCCCCCCCCCCCCCCCCCCCCCCCCCCCCCCCCCCCCCCCCCCGGCCGGGACCACCGAGGUCUACAGGCCGAAGCGACCCACAACCCUCAACCUCUUCCCGCAGGUGCCUCGCAGCCAGGACACUCUGAAUAACAACUCUCUGGGGAAAAAGCACAGUUGGCAGGAGCGGGUGUCCCGGUCGUCGUCCCCUCUGAAAACGGGUGAGCAGACCCCUCCCCAUGACCACGUUUGCCUGAGUGAUGAGGUCAAUCACCAAAACAGCACAACCUCCACCAAAGACCGGGGCACCUCCACGGAGAGCCCGUGCCGGCGCACGGCAGCCACGCAGAUGGCGCCAGCCUGCGCGGCCGCGUCCCGGCCGCCCGAGAAGCACCAGCCCGCCGGCCGGGCCCCGCCGCACGGCGCCAGCGUGGUGGUGGUGACCCGCGGCCCCGAGGCGCACCGCGACCGCAUCCGCUACCAGACGGACGUCAGGCUGGAGGCCACCGAGGAGAUCUACCUGACGCCCGUGCAGAAGAACUCGGACCCCCUGGAGACUGACAAGCCAUUCCUGUCCCAGUCCAGCGAGAACCGCAUGUCCAUCAGCUCUGACAUUGACACCUCCGGCUAUUCGGCCCUGGCAGGGAAAACCAACCCCUCCAUCAGCGAGGAGGACGAGGUGCUGGACUACAUGUCCUCCCCUGACAAGACAAACCUGCCCAGGGCCGCCUGUGGUGGUGGGAACGGCGGCUCCCGGCCAGGGCACAACCUUCAGAGAGCCUCCGUGAGUUCGGACACCAGUGCCCUCUCCUAUGACUCUGUCAAAUACACACUGGUGGUGGAUGAGAACGUGCAGCUGGAGCUGGUCAGCCUCAAGCAGUGCUACUCGGGCUACAGCGACGAGAGCGACUCGGCCACGGUCUACGACAACUGCAUCUCUUCACCCUAUGAGUCGGCCAUUGGCGAGGAGUACGAGGAGGAUGCGCUGAAGCGUGACUCAGUCUGCCUCUCCGAGGACUCCACCCCCGAGGCAGACAUCCACUUCUCCAAGAAGUUCCUCAAUGUCUUCAUGAGUGGUCGGGCACGCUCCUCCAGUGCCGAGUCCUUUGGGCUGUUCUCCUGCAUGAUCAACGGGGAGGAGCAGGAGCAGACUCACCGUGCUGUCUUUAGGUUUGUGCCUCGCCACGCGGACGAGCUGGAGCUGGAGGUGGAUGAUCCUUUGCUGGUGGAGGUGCAGGCAGAAGAUUAUUGGUAUGAGGCCUACAACAUGCGCACAGGAGAUCGGGGCAUCUUUCCUGCCUACUAUGCUAUUGAAGUCACCAAGGACUCAGACCAUGUAACAGCUCUGGCCAAGAGCAGUGACUGGGUGGACCAGUUUCGGGUGAAGUUCCUUGGCUCUGUGCAGGUUCCCUACCACAAGGGCAAUGAUGUGCUCUGUGCGGCCAUGCAGAAGAUUGCCACCACGCGCCGCCUCACUGUGCACUUUAACCCCCCCUCCAGCUGCGUGCUGGAGAUCAGUGUGCGCGGGGUCAAGAUUGCUGUCAAGGCUGACGACUCCAAGGAGCACAGCAAGGUAAACAAGUGUAGCCAUUUUUUCCAGCUGAAGAACAUUUCCUUUUGUGGGUACCAUCCAAAGAACAACAAAUAUUUUGGGUUCAUUACCAAGCACCCUGCUGACCACAGAUUUGCCUGUCAUGUUUUCGUCUCGGAGGAGUCCACGAAGCCACUGGCGGAGUCUGUAGGGAGGGCUUUCCAGCAAUUCUACAAGGAGUAUGUGGAGUACACAUGCCCCACAGAGGACAUCUACCUGGAGUAGGGGCUGGCACAGGCACCUCCUGCACAGGCAGGGCUGCAGUCUCGCCCCUUCCCCGUGUCGUGCAUGGACAAGAGCUGCUUUGAGCCUGGAGGAGGAGCGGGCCCGGGGCAGGGCUCCCCGGGGCACGGAGCGCCGCCUCUUUUCGUGACUCCCCUUCCUCGGGCUGGGGGGACGGGAGGGGGGAGGGCUGGACAAAUUGUGUUCAUUGUACAAAAUAUUCUUAGUUUAUUCUAUUGGAGAAGCACCCACUGGGUGCCCUGCUUGUGAGCAGUUGGGGGG